CUAGGCCAAGUCAGCCGAAACACAACUCCGCCGCUCGCCGCCGCCUUCUUCUUCGUCGCCGCGCGCCCACGGGAGCUCCUCCUCCUCCUCCUCUCCUCCGCGACCUCCUCGACGCCGGCCUGCGACGAGUCCGUGCUCCGAUGGCCAUGUCGCGCUUCCUCCCGUUCGCCGCGCUCGUCGCCGCCGAAGGGGCCCCGCUCGCCGCAGCGGCGUGGACGCGCUACGAUCCGCCGAGCCCGCUCCCGGGGCCCUCCUCCUCCUCCUCGUCUGCCGCCGCGCCUCGUGCGACCGGCCACCUCGCCCUCGUCAGCGCGCACCCGGGCCUCCGCGACCUCAACGCGCUCCUGUCCCCGGCCACCUUCGUCGUCGACGCCAACAGCGCGCUCCUCGCCUGCGGGCUCCGCAGUUUGCCCCACGAUCCCCCGAGGCUCCGCAGGGACAUCGACCGACUCUCCGCCCAGCUGAAGUCCGCCAAGACGGAGGGCGACGCGGCGACGGAGAAGAAGUGUGGGCUCUACCUGGCCCUCUACUGCGCCCGCGACGGCCGCCUCGACGACGCGCUCGCCGCCUGCGCUCAGGUGGCCGCGGACCACCCCGGCUACAACGUGCCCCGCAUCUACGCCGCCGCGAUCUGCCACAUGCUCGGCCGGCCCGAGGAGGGGCGUCGGUGGCUCGCCGAGGACGGGCCUGACAUGUCCUCCGUCUACCACCAGUUUCUGUUCAUGGACGCGGUCAGGUCCGCCGCACUCGGCUGCACGCCGCACGCCGUCGAGGGCACCUCCCGGAAGGUAGUCAUGUUAUCCACGCUGGAGCUGGCCGAGGUGACUCUGUGUUGCGUGUUCAGAGAAGGAGACCUGCUCGAGAGGCUCCAGGUGUUGGCGCUCAUGGCUUUCCUGCGGCGCGCCGUGGCGAAGAGUCUACGCGAGGACGAUGCAGGGGACGGAUCCCAUUCCCAGGACGCUGUCUCAACGGUUGCGUAUCGGUGCACGCGCCCCCACUUUUCCCAGUGGCCCCCACCUCUCUCUCUCUCUCUCUCUCUCUUCCCUCCGCUCCGUCGUGUCGUGACCCUCCCUCUCACCUCUCCCAUGGCUGCCCGCGUCCUCCUCCGCGCCGCCGGCCUCGCCCUCGCCGCCGCGGCGGCGGGGUCCCUGCACGCCGUCGCCACGUUGGAUAUGUCCGAGCUCGUCCCACCCAUCACCGUGAACGUGAGGCAUAUCCUGUUCGACUCCGCCGUGGGGCUCCAGUCCGCGCUGCUCCGCACCAACCCGCUCGGCGGCGCUCACCUCCGCGACGUCCGCGCACGCGCCGAGCAGGACCUGGCGCGCGUCGACGCGGUGGGGCCAGAGGGUAACGCGGCUGCCGCCACCGACCUCCGCCUCCUCCUCGCGCUGCUCGCCGCGCGCGACGGGCGCGCCGACGAGGCCCUGCGACUGUACGAGGAGGCCGCCCGCGACAGCCCGUUCGACGCGAGGCCCCGCGCCCUCGCGUACUACGUCUGCCUCCUCACCUCCCACGCGGCGGAGGCGAAGCACUGGAACGCCGCCUACCGCCGCCUCGUCCCGGAGUCCGAGAUCAUCCACCCCAAGUUACCGGGAUACUUCGAGUCCGAGGAGAUGGCGGGUCUCAUCGACGAGCUGGCUGUCGCCGCGAGUAUGGGCGGCGUCUGCAACCUCCUGGAGCCCGCAGUCAGGACCUUCGUGAUGCGCUGCGCUUUCCAUGAGAUCAACGCACGCCUGGCCGCGGCGGGGGAGCAGAACAAGACGCUAUCCAUGGCGAAGCGGCUGCAGCUGAAAGCUCUCCGUGCGUACCUGUACGCCACGACGCGGCGCCAGAUGCAGGGGGAUGUCAAGAUUGCACGGGAGAAGCGCGGCCGCCAUGGUGGCGAUCGAUGAAGCAACCGUGCCUUUUUGAUUCUUCGUACAUGGCGAGGUGGUGGUAUGAGUAACAUGGAACGCUCUUGUUUUCCUGAAGCGCUUCAUCAACCUUCUCCGGAGAUCAUGCUCAACUCAUCAGUUUUCAGGUCUCUUAAUUGCAAUACUGUUGACUCCUAGUACGGACUUCGAUUGUUAACUGUCAUUCAUUAGAGAUUACAGCUGAUCUGCACUUAAAAUGUGAUGCUAAUCCUGAAAUGGUUUCCUCAUCCCUGCUUAUUUUUGAUGCUGAGCUCUUACAAGAUGCUUAGCUAAGGGGACUAUACAUUGCAUUUUUGUUACACGGUACCGACUCGAUGAUUGCUGAUGUUCUUAAUGAUGUGCUGAUGACUGAAUCUGGUGUACUAACUUUGAGCGUGUGAAUUCUGAUGCAUGCAUAUGAACAAUGUGCAUGUCGACAGCUAUCCAUCGAUCUUGAGGGUUGUUUGCAUAUCAGUCACCCGAAAUGAAGCUGAAAUUAGUGGGCUUUGAAAGGGCAUUUAGAUAUGUAAUGGACACAUAAUAUGCCUCUCAUGGUAUGGAAAACGCUACUAAAGUUGAAGUGGGCACCUCGGCGUCGGUCCAGCGAGCGACCCUUCCGCGGCCACCGCACCGACCUCCGCCACCUCCUCGCGCUCUUCGCCGCGCACGACGGGCGUCUCGACGAGGCCGCCUACGACAGCCCGUUCGAAGCGCGUCCUCGCGUUCCACAUCUGCAGCUUGUCCGGCCGCGAGGACGAGGGGCGACGAUGGUGACCCGGCAUUCCUCGGACACGAGAUCUUGGAGCUGACGGACCUCGUCCACGAGCUGGUGACCUCGGCGAGCCUCGGCCGCGUCUGAUUAGGGCCUUCCUGUUGAGGCUUUGCAGGACAGGAUUCUGUCCAUGGCGGACAGGCUGCAGCGCCGAGCGCUCCGCGUGUACCUGCGCGCCAAGAUCACGCUCAUGGAGGAGGAGGAGAUGAAGAUGAAGAUAAUCGAGGACGACGACGACGACGGUGGCACCGUGACAUCCACAGCUUCCUGAUUCUUGUUCAGGUGAAAGCUAGGGGUUCAAUUGAUCCAUUGGAGGAUGAAGAGUAAAUUUGGAAUUGCUGAUCACCUCUUAGCCGCGAGCCACUAACUUUGGAGAUGGUGCACGGGAUUUUCUACUGAUGUGUUCAACCACAUGCUUUGAUAACCACUAAUUUGUGCUUAUACAAAAGCCUUGUAAACUACUACACCUUAUGGAUCGGAAGUUAUAUUAGCCGUCCAAUGUAACUCAUCCAAUGGUCCAGAUGAAUUAAUAAUACUAUAGCUUUUAGAGGGCGUAGUGGUGGAGUAAAAGUUAUUA